AUGCUGGAGAAAAAAAGUGCCGCAGUCUCUAGUGUACCCGAAAAGAUGGUACAGAACCCGGCGCCAGCGUCAGUGGGCAUAGCAAAAAUUGAUGAUGCAAAAAUUGCAACAACGGCGAGGACAAUUGCAAAUGAGAACCGCAUUGUGUGUGAGGAUGUGAUAAUGGUUAUGGCAUUGGAACAGAUAAUAUUUGCAAUGCCAGCAGAUUGCAAUGCACUUGCGGCAAGAUCUGCUGUUAUCAAAACUGUUUUAGAUUUUCGGCGAAUCGAGUCGAGCAGAAGUAUGCAAUUUGGUAGCAAAUGUGUGCCGCGUCUCGUCACGGUGCUGAUGUCACAGUCACUCCUUCUCCCGAAAACAACUCCGUUGAAAGCGCCCGGAUCUCACCCUUCUCCUUCCAUCGGGGCCUCUACUUCCGAUUAUGUCUUCGCCUCCUCGUUCUCGUACAUCUCGCAGUUCAUCGUCAUUACAGACGCGGACCAACACCCAGACCCAAACGCGCGCUCAGAAUUUCCUUUCUGCACAAGUCGUCAGGAAAACAUCGGUGGAGUUGGUUUGGGAAAUGCUAGAUACGCAAGGAGACCUAUCACCACGCAGAUCAACGUCCGUGACUGUUGCUCCUUUGUAGACGAGCCUGAGCCUUUAGAUCGCAAAUAUGCGCACGGUUGACCUAAGAAAAAUGCACCUAGGUCUUGACUUUUGGCUUUGAUUGUUCCUGAACAAUGUUCAACAGGAUUUAGGUAGACACUUGAGGAGUGGGGAUGGCUGCUUGAAAAGGAAUUGAGAGGCAAUCGUUGGGCAUCAGAGUCGGUGCUUGCUCUCGUUUAUGGAUGUUUC